UCAAAUUUGCAGAUAGAUAUUCUGAUAAAUUUCAUGAUGAAGUGAUGGAAUGCAUGAAAAGGAUCAAAGAACUUCCGCUAAACUCUUAUCAAGUUGUUAACAAUAGUGUAGAUAUUGAACAUGCAUGCUCGGACCCAACUGAAGGUGUAGAUGCUGAAAUUGAAGGUGCACAAUUUGAGCCAACUGAAAAUGUAGAUAUUAAAAGUGCACAUCCUAAGCCAAUUGUAAGUGUAGAUACCGAAAGCGCAUGCCGUGAACCGAUUGAAACAACAUUUACUUUUGUGGAUAGUUUGAGUUCACAAACUGUACAUGGGAUUAGAGUAAAGCCUAAAUUUAGGGCCAAUCAUCGUACAUAUAAAAAUCCAUUAGAUAAAGCACGAAAGAAAAGAUUUCGAAAUCCUAUUGCUCAAACGGAAGCAAAUCAAGAGAGAUGGGAAAUGGCCCAAGCAUUUCAACCUUCAAAUUAUCAAUUUACGUUCACCCCAAUGUGUCAUUUCAAUAAGAAUUCACAGAGUAUGGUGGCGAGUUCUCUUCGAUUACCUGGUAGAUCCAUUGAUGCAUCAUUAUUGCCUCAGCAUAAGUACCAACCAGUUAAUCUUAACAUAUUUCAACAAAACCUUUUUAAUCAUGGGAGUGCUCCUAGUGGAUCCACGAGUGGCCCUUUUGUUGCUUGUGGCUAUCUAACCAUCAACUUGAAUCAGCAAUUUCUCUUGAGCAACCCACAAUUAUCUUAUCAAGAAAGCGUUGUGUGUAACCAGUUGUCAUCAUAACAAUCUGACAAGAAUUAAUCGGUGGGAAGAGCAUCACAUACGUUCCAAUAUUUUGUCAAAGGAUUUAUGUUCCAAGAAGCAAACUCUAAAGACGUUCGGUGUGGAUGUGUUGCCAGUCUAAUAAUUUGUGGCUCUGUAGAUUUUGUACAGUCAAUUUAUUUUUAUCUUGUGGGCCCACUGUAUUAUUAUCAGCUGGCCGAGAUUUUUAAUAAGGUGUCCAUAUAAUGCUUGAGGCAGACCAAAGUAGGAUUUAUCUGGUAGCUGUUUCAAAAUGAUGAU